AUGGGCGACGCCGCUGCCACUCCACUCCCAUCUCCCUUCCCGACCUGGCACAAUGAUACCUACCCUGGUAUUGACCCUUCACGCCCCGAACUUUCACUCGAGGGCAAGACCGCAAUCGUGACUGGUGGUGCGGGCGCAAUCGGCUCUGCUAUGGUCAAUGCUUUCGCAAAGGCAGGUGUCAGUCUUAUUGGCAUCGUGGGACGAACACAGAAGACCUUGGACGCUACCAAGGCCAAAUUCGAGUCUCAGUACCCAAAUACAAAGCUUGUCGCCGUGACAGCGGAUAUAGCUUCUCCCUCGAGUAUCGAAGCUGCCUUCAAAACCAUUCGACAACAGGCCAACAAACCGAUCGACAUCUUUGUCCACAACGCGGGCCAUCUGGCUGAGCCCGCGACCCUUACGGCCUCUGAUGCUAAGGAAUGGUGGACAUCCUUCGAAGUGAACAUCCUUGGGGCAUUUCACUCCGUGCGAGCCUUCCUCCCUGUAGGAUCGCCCACCGCCACAAUCAUCAACGUCUCGACGGCCGCUAUCCACGUCCCCACUGCCAUGGUGACCAAUUUGUCAGCAUACUCCUCCUCCAAGCUCGCAUCGUUUAGGGUCUUCGAGUUCGUCCAGAGUGAGCACCCGGAUUUGCAUGUGGUCAGUUUCCAGCCGGGCGUCGUUUCAAGCGAUAUCAAUAUCAAGCAUGGUGCCAUGGCACCUAUGGAUACGCCCGACUUGCCAGCUUCGUUCGCAGUCUGGGCAUGCAGCCCCGAAGCCAAGUUCUUGAAGAACAAGCUUAUCUGGGCGAACUGGGACGUGGACGAAAUGAAGGCCAGAGCUGACGAAAUCGCCAACUCACCCGCCUUCACAAUCGGUCUGGCGGGGUGGCCGGUGCUAUCGUGA